AUGGGAGAAAGACACAUCAACCCCUUUGUUUUUGAUCCCGCGAACGAUGAGUUGUUCCGAGAAGGAAGGCACACCGGCCCCUGGGGUACCGGUGAUGACGAGCCUCAGCUAAUUAGCGUACAACAUCUAAUCGCCCGUUGCUCCGACUUAUGUCGGGAGAUUGCGUCCAUGUUGGCAGUUGCAGGAAUCUCAGGAGACUCGACUAUUGAACGCAAACGCGGACUGGUGAGGCGAGAGUCUAUGCAAGUUGUGGAGCAGCGACUAUUAUUAUGGGGUGCAACUAUUUCCGAUUACAAGGAUCAUUCUUCGUUAAUUCUCCUUCGAGAUCACAUUCGAAUACUUAACAGAAUCCGCUGUGUCCUGUGUGGCAUGCGGAUUAUGGGGCGGGUCCCUUAUAAUUACCCGGUGAGAUUCAGGGAGGACUUACUUCCUCUCGUCGGCUCUCUCUAUUCCAAUCUUCCGGGAACAUUGCGCGAAACUAUAGAAUGGGCUUUAACCGCUACCUUGAUGAAGACCACUGCGCCAACUAUGAUCAACGAGAAGAUCCAACUUAACGACAGCGAUCCUAUAUUCCUCAAGUCACUUGGUUCCUCGGAAAUCGAACAAAACUUCGGUUCUAUGCUUGACUUGAUAGAUGAAAGUAAAGUUACCUCGCCAGUUCCGUUAUUGACACCCGAUAAUCUUAUUUCAUCCGGUUCAUAUGAUGGAAUUGGGGUAUAUUCUGAAAAGAGUGAUAUGGAUGGACCUCCCAUGGGUGGUUUGAUUUCCAUCCGUACCGAGUGGACUAUGGAACAAGCCACGACAGAUUUGGGGGAUAUGGUAUAUGUUAGGACCAAGUAUCAACAAAGGCUACGGUUGCCAAAGCCAGAUGAGAUGCGAGUUUUGGUUCUCGGGGGUUAUUUCGAAAAUUUAGCUACAGGUCGGGUGGAGCUUCUGUACCGCAUUCCGCACUGGGCCUCACAAAAGUCCCCUCCGGUGUCACUUCGUCGACUUCUCGCCGAAAAACAGUUACCGAAAGACAUUGGAGUGAGAUUUUCGAUUGCUCGCAAACUCAUAUGCGCUAUCCUUUUCUUCCACGCUUGCAAGUGGGUCCACGGAAAUAUUGAUGAUCAAAAUAUCAUCUUUUUUGAGGAUUCCGAGCGUAAUUUGAACUUUGAGGAGCCUUUCUUUUGUAGAUUUAUCCCUUCUUCCAAAGACACGGGGGAGGCUGUACCGACAACGAAAGAGUCUGCGGAUGCAAUAUUUGGGAAUGAUGUUAAACUAAGAAACGCUGAUACCGGAAGUCUCUGGCGGACUGUGUUAUUGGUAAUAUUCGAGAGAGAGACUGUCGCUUCUAACGGUUCUCCUCAUGACUCACGCCUAGGAUAUGUGGGUGCCAACAAUGAUGAGGUGGUGGUAUGGGGCGUAGCACGCUCGAGGGUAACCUUGGGGGUCCACCACGUACUCGAGGGAUCGCAUUAUACAGCGCUCAUAUACGGGUACAUGGUCAGCAAUUCCGAGUUUAGGUUUAGAAGGGGGUCCGAAAAACAAGAAACACAGGACGAAGUAUUCCCGGUGACGGCUACUCAUGAACAAAUUAUGCAAUGGCGAAAGGAUGUGCUUCCACGACUUGAAAGAAUUCUCGAGAAACACCUCCCUGCGGAAGAGUCAGUAUCUAUUGAUCUGCUCGGGAUCGGAACCUGUCGGGAACAAUCUCGACCAACAAUCGUGGUAACCUGUAAGAGUAGCCGAUUGGUCAAGCGCCUUCUCAAGAAAUUCGUUUACGACAGGGCUGUAUUUAGCCUGAAAGUCAGAAAGGGAUCUGUUCAAAGGUCAUCUGGCGGAGGAAGAGAAGACCGAGAUUCUAAGCGUCAAGAAAGGCCUUUACCAGGCGCAUCUAUAGGAGCCUGCCGCGACGGGAUACAUUUGCCCGCUGCAACCUAUGGCGGGCUUGUCCUUGUUGAUGAAAAGCCAUACGGGUUAACGGUACAUCAUCUAGUGGAUACUGAUGAUCAUCCGACAGAGGAGCAAGAUGCGUGGCGCGUUCGUACACUGGUAGAGACUUACGCUAGUUGUCAUUCGGCCACCGAUGAAAACACCUACGUGGAAGAGGGCCAGCUGAUCGGUGGGCCUAGACAUGUAGAUAUAGGAAACGUGCCUCUGUAUCCGGAAUCGGAGGGGGGAGGUAGCGGGAGCGAGGGAGGUAGCGGAAGCGAUGUUGAGUACGAUCAGGAAAGUCUGUCUGAAAGCUUAGUGUGUGAAGUUGAUUAUCAGAAUGAUGGGAGAGAUAAUACCAUCGAAGGCGAUGACUUUAUCGGAGAUAAACCCGGGCUUGAAAGGAAUCAUGUCCAACGUAUUGUGGUAGUUCAACCGGCCGAAAUGGACCUCCUUGAGGAAGAAAAGAGUGGAAGCGAGUCAGUCACUGAGGAAUACCAUUUAGGAACGUUCCUUGCCUCUUCGGGUAUUAGGAGGAUUAUAUUCGAGUCUGAAAAGCACGAGAUUGAUUGGGCAUUGAUUGAAAUAUCCGCAGACCGGUUGGGACAGCGUAAUUUGAUUCAGGGCGGUGGGAGAUUCCUUACGUCAUCACUCGAUAAACAAGACUCGGAGCCGUGUUCUUAUGUGCCGAUGGUUAACUUCGGCGGCCUGGCGGUGCACGGUAUAGGCCGUACGAGUGGGCUACAGAGGGGUGAGAUAAGCCAGGCUAUUAGCUCAAUCAGGAUGUCUGGUCGGAAGACCUUUUCGAGGAGCUGGAAUGUCACUGGUGAAAUUGGAGAUCAUGGUGAUUCUGGGGCAUGGGUCGUCGACAAUCGCUGCGGGGGUGUAUGUGGUCACAUCAUCGCUGGUCAUUCCGUCAAAAAUAAAGUCGUUGCAUACAUCAACCCGAUGGAGUUGUUACUGCAGGACAUCAAGGAGACUUUACAAGCAGACAGCGUAUGUCUCCCAACCAAUGCCGCAGCCGCCCAAGUCGGGGAUAUGGAUGAAUCCACGUAUGUUAUUAUCUAG